AACGUAUAUUUUUUUCUUGACUUGAUUAUCUCUCUCUCUCUCUCUCUCUCUCUCACAAAUCAUUCCUUUUCAUCUUUCUCUCUCCUUUCAAAACCCAAAUCAACCCUAUCGUCGUUUCUCUGUCCGUAAAAUUUCCCUUCUAUAAUUCCUUUCUCUUAAUUGUCUCAUCGGCGAUUCCUGUUUCCGACGAUUCUUUUAGAUUCCCAUUUGUUUUUCUAUUUCAGGAAAAAAUUAGUUCUCGAUUUCUCGAAAUACAUAAAAAUUACGAGAAAUAAUUUUUUGAAAGUUUUAGUAAUACUAAUCCCUCUUUGUUGUUUUCAAAAUUUUGGUUUUUUGGGACAUUUUUUCCGUUGCGAUUUUCCGAGUAAUAGACGAGCGAACGAUUGCUAAUCUGAGCAAAAUUUCUAUCUCUUCCCACAGUGAUUAUAUUCCGUUAAAUUUGGCGGUGAUUUUACAGGGUUUGUCUAUAUUUUCGGGGUUGAGUUGGUAGCUGACUUUUUAGAGUACAAGAGAAAGUUCCAUGGUAGAAGAUGGCAUUUGUUAGGGAUUAUUCAAGUGAGACAGUCACACAUAGAGCCAUGGAAGAUAAAAAUACAAGCCACACUGUGAAUAGAGUACGUAACUCAAUAGAUAUAGACUUGAAUUCUAGUGAAAAUGAUUUUGAAAUGAAGAUUGAUGGAGACUAUCAAAGUGAUGGUGAACCGGAUACCAGUAGAUUACCGAAUGAGGUCGCUAUUAAUGGUGAUACUGAUAUGGGGCCAUCAACUUCUCAUACAUAUGAGAGAAGAAGUGGGGGUCUGACUGCUAAAUGGGGGGCUAGUUUCUGGAAAGGCAGUCAGACUAUAGUUUCCCAUGAUGUUUCGGAUUCUGGACAUGAAUCUAGAAGUGGUUCUGAGUAUAGAAAUGAUGAAGGGUCUGAAGGUAAUUCUUUUGGUGGGGAGGACCAUAUAGAAUUAGAAGGCUACGAUGGGCAGAAAGAAACAGAAAAGGUUCCCGUAGAUGAGAUGUUGUCUGAUGAGUAUUAUGAGCAAGACGGCGAUGAUCAGAAUGAUGCAUUGCAGCAUAGAGGUUCGAAUCGUGCUACUAUGAAUCAACAAUCACAAUCGAGGAUCACAUUGCCAACUAUCUCAACUUCACGAAAUCGGAGAAAACGCUAUGAUGAUGAAGAUUAUGCUGAGGCGGAAGAUGAUGAAGAUGAAGCAGAUGAAGAUGAUCCUGAUGAUGCAGAUUUUGAUCCUGAUUAUGGGGCUACUGGUGGGCAUUCACGGAAUAAGGAUGAUGAUUGGCAAAUUGAGGAUUCAGAUGAAGAUGUGGUAAGCGAAGGAGAGCUUGAUAUAUCGGAUGAUGAUGAUUCAUACUAUAGGAAGAAGCCGAGGGGUGGUCAGCGAGGCAAAAGUAUAAGGAACACUAAGGCUAGUAAGGGUCAUAAAUCUAUCCCUGCUCCUGCUCGAAAAAGAAAAGGUCUAAUAUCAGAUGAUGAAAUUUCUGCUGAUGAUUCUGAGGCUGAUAGUGAUGAGGAUUUUAGGACAAGGAGAAGUGCACAUCUUCGUAGAAAUAACAAUUUGGCACGAAAGAAUGAGACUCGCACAUCAAGCAGGUCCAUUCGCAAGGUUUCAUACGCUGAAAGUGAGGAAAGUGAAGAAAUUGAUGAAGGGAAAAAUAAGAAGUCUCAAAAGGAAGAUAUUGAAGAAGAGGAUGCAGAUGCAAUUGAGAGGGUUUUGUGGCAUCAGCCAAAGGGAAUGGCUGAGGAAGCUGCAAUGGCCAAUAAAUCUACUCAACCGGUAUUGUUAAGCCAUUUGUUCGAUACUGAACCAGAUUGGAACGAAAUGGAGUUUUUAAUUAAAUGGAAAGGCCAAUCUCACCUACACUGUCAGUGGAAACCAUUAGUAGAGUUGCAAAAUCUCAGUGGUUUUAAGAAAGUUAUGAACUACAUGAAAAAGGUUGCGGAAGAUGUAAGGUUUCGAAGGUCCGUUUCCCGUGAAGAGAUCGAAGUACAUGAUGUGAGCAAGGAGAUGGAUUUGGAUCUUUUUAAACAAAAUUGUCUGGUAGAGAGAAUAAUUGCUGAUAGGAUUAACAAAGAUAGCUCAGGUGAGGUAACACCUGAGUAUCUCGUGAAGUGGCAAGGAUUAUCUUAUGCUGAAGCUACUUGGGAAAAAGAUGUGGAUAUUGCAUUUGCUCAGGAUGCAAUUGAUGAAUACAAGGUUCGGGAGGCUAUAAUAGCAGUGCCUGGAAAAACUGUUGAUGUGCAGCGUAAGAAAAUAAAAGGAAGCUUGCGGAAGCUAGAUGAGCAGCCUGAGUGGCUGAUGGGAGGGAAACUACGUGAUUAUCAACUUGAAGGCUUAAAUUUCCUUGUUAACAGUUGGAGAACUGACACUAACGUCAUCCUAGCUGAUGAAAUGGGUCUUGGUAAAACUGUUCAAUCUGUUUCUAUGCUAGGUUUUUUACAGAAUGCCCAACAGAUCAACGGUCCAUUCCUUGUCGUUGUACCCUUGUCUACGUUGUCUAAUUGGGCAAAGGAAUUCAGAAAAUGGCUUCCAAAUAUGAAUGUAAUUGUGUAUGUCGGAACUCGUGCGAGCAGAGAGGUUUGCCAGCAGUAUGAGUUUUACAAUGAGAAAAACACAGGCCGGCUGAUUAAGUUUGACGCGUUGUUGACAACAUAUGAAGUUAUUCUGAAGGAUAAGAUUGUGCUUUCUAAGAUCAAGUGGAGCUACCUUAUGGUUGAUGAAGCUCAUAGGUUGAAGAAUUGUGAAGCCUCAUUAUAUACUACUCUCUUGGAAUUCAGCACCAAGAACAAGUUGCUCAUUACUGGCACUCCGUUACAAAAUAGCGUGGAGGAGCUAUGGGCUUUACUUCACUUCUUGGAUUCUGAUAAGUUUCGAAAUAAGGACAUUUUUGUUCAGAACUACAAAAAUCUUAGCUCGUUCAAUGAAAUUGAGCUUGCAAACCUUCAUCAGGAGUUGAGGCCUCACAUCCUUAGGAGAGUUAUCAAAGAUGUGGAGAAAUCUUUGCCACCUAAAAUUGAACGAAUUCUCCGGGUUGAAAUGUCCCCACUGCAGAAACAGUAUUAUAAGUGGAUUCUGGAACGCAACUUUCACGACUUGAACAAAGGUGUUAGGGGAAAUCAGGUUUCACUGCUGAAUAUUGUGGUGGAGCUGAAAAAGUGUUGCAACCAUCCAUUUUUAUUUGAAAGUGCUGACCAUGGAUAUGGCGGGGAAACAAAUGAUGGAAGUAAACUUGAACGAAUUAUUCUUAGUAGUGGAAAGCUAGUAAUUCUUGACAAACUACUUGUGAGAUUACAUGAAACAAAACAUCGUGUUCUUAUUUUCUCUCAGAUGGUUAGAAUGUUAGACAUAUUGGCAGAGUAUUUAUCUCUGAGAGGUUUCCAGUUUCAAAGACUUGAUGGUAGUACAAAGGCUGAGUUACGGCACCAGGCUAUGGAGCACUUUAAUGCCCCAGGAAGUGAUGAUUUCUGCUUCCUUCUUUCCACUCGGGCUGGUGGGCUGGGUAUAAACCUGGCAACUGCGGACACAGUUAUUAUUUUUGAUUCUGAUUGGAACCCUCAGAAUGAUUUGCAGGCAAUGAGUAGAGCUCACAGGAUUGGACAACAAGAAGUUGUUAAUAUCUAUCGUUUUGUAACAAGUAAAAGUGUUGAAGAAGAUAUACUUGAAAGAGCAAAGAAAAAGAUGGUUCUUGAUCAUCUUGUGAUCCAGAAGCUAAAUGCAGAGGGUAGACUGGAGAAGAAAGAGUCUAAGAAGGGAGUCACCUUUGACAAAAAUGAACUUUCAGCAAUUUUGAGGUUUGGAGCUGAGGAAUUAUUCAAGGAAGACAAAAAUGAGGAGGAAAGCAAAAAGAGACUUUUGAGUAUGGACAUAGAUGAAAUUCUUGAGAGGGCAGAGAAGGUUGAGGACAAAGAAGCGGAAGAGGAGCAAGCAAAUGAACUUCUCAGUCAGUUUAAGGUUGCAAACUUCUGCAAUGCCGAAGAUGAUGCAAGUUUCUGGAGUCGUUGGAUCAAGCCAGAUGCUGUUGGGCAAGCAGAGGAAGCAUUAGCUCCUCGCGGAGCAAGAUAUACUAAAAGCUAUGUGGAACCUGUGCAACCUGAUGGAAGCAACAAAAGAAAAAAGAAAGAGUCUCUGUCGUCUAUGAGAACAAAUUCAAAACGCCGUAGAGGAGAAUCUUCUCAUCUGGUUCCAAUGAUUGAUGGUGCCUCGGCUCAAGUAAGAGAUUGGUCGUACGGGAAUCUGCCAAAGAGAGAUGCAACUCGUUUUGCAAAAGCUGUUAUGAAGUAUGGCAAUGCAAGUCAAAUAAAUUUAAUUGCUGCUGAGGUUGGGGGUGUAGUUGAGGCUGCUCCUGUAGAAGCUCAGAUUGAACUUUUUGAUGUUCUAAUUGAUGGAUGUCAGGAGGCAGUGAAAGGAGAAAUUACAGAUUCAAAGGGACCUCUGUUGGACUUCUUUGGUGUUUCUGUUAAGGCUAAUGAUAUGUUAAGUCGUGUUGAGGAGCUUCAGCACUUAGCCAAGCGGAUCAAUCGCCAUGUAGAUCCCGUUUCACAGUUUCGAGUGCUAAAGUACUUGAAGCCGGCCAAUUGGUCUAAAGGGUGUGGAUGGAACCCAAUUGAUGAUGCUAGAUUGCUAUUGGGCGUGCACUAUCAUGGAUUUGGCAAUUGGGAAAAGAUUCGGUUGGAUGAAAGACUUGGGUUGACAAAGAAGAUUGCUCCAGCUGAGCUUCAAACACAUGAAACCUUCCUUCCACGUGCUCCGAAUCUGAAGGAUCGUGCUUCUGCACUCCUUGAAUUGGAAAUUGCUGCUGUUUCUGGAAAAAAGUCGAAUUCUAAGGGGCGCAAUAAAUCUUCAAAGAACAUGCAGAAUAGUCCUCAAUUAGCCAAACCUCGUGGCAGAGGCAGAGGCAGGCCAAAUUCUCCCAAACUUCCGAAUCAUGUAGAGAAAACAAGGUCCCAUAGAUCCCAGAAAAUCGAACCUUUAGUUAAAGAGGAAGGUGAAAUGUCGGACAAUGAAGAAGUGUAUGAGCAAUUCAAGGAAGUAAAAUGGAUGGAAUGGUGUGAAGAUGUCAUGAUUGAUGAAGUGAGGACGUUGAAGCGUCUUCAGAAAUUGCAGACUACCAGCGCCAACCUUCCAAAGGAGAAGGUACUCUCAAAGAUUCGCAAGUAUUUGCAGCUUCUUGGCCGGAGAAUUGACCAAAUAGUUGCUGAUAAUGGGCAUGAACGACAUAAACAAGAUCGGAUGAUGAUGCGAUUAUGGAAAUAUGUUUCGACAUUUUCUAAUUUGACGGGGGAGAGAUUGUGCCAAAUUUAUUCCAAGCUUAAGCAGGAACAGGAAGAGGAAGCUGGAGUGGGUCCCUCCCACAUCAAUGGCCAUAGUUCUUUUCAACGUCAGUCUGCAAGACUGAAGGGAAUUAAGGAUAACACACGUUACACAGCUGAGCCAGUUCUUAAAGUCCACGAUCCCAUGAAGUCAGAGGCAUGGAAACGGAGGAGAGCUGAGACGGAUGCUUUUUUAGAGGCUCAAGCCCCCUUCCAGGGACCUAUGAGCAAUGGUCCAAGAUUGCCUGCACCUAAUUCCUUGGGAAUACUGGGUGCUGCACCGGUGGACAGCAGACAAUAUACUAACAAGAUGCGUGGUUUUCAACAGAGGCAAGGUUUCUCUUCAGGAAUCAGGUAGUUGUUUGAUGCUUGAGGGUGUGUGGAUGAAUCCUGUUUAUGUAGGACAAAGCCAGAUGGCUUCUCCACCUGAUGGGUCCUUGCCCUUUCCUGUCGCAGUGGUUGAUACCUUGAAAUUCUUUUGGCCUGUGGGGUAAAAUAAAAUCUUAUCUGUUGAGUUAUGGCCAAUGCGAAGCCUUGGCAUGGCAGAUUCAAGAGUCUUGGUGAGCUCCAGUAGCUGAGAAAUACAAAUGUCUACACUUCUAACAUAAGUGGUGGCAAGUGAAUCGUGAAAGAAACAUUCGGCCCCUGCAGAUAUGUGCUUUGUUCUCUAGAACAUAGCGGCCAACAAUUUGUUUACAAAAGUAUAGCUUAGGGUUAGAGAAUAGAUAUGUAGAGGAGUUCCUUAACUUUAGUCUUUUUAGUUCAGCCAUACGGGGCUAUAUUGUACUUACUACAACUUCAGAAAUGUACAUUCCGCACUUUUGUAAUCAAAUUUUGAUCAUUGCAAGCAGUGUGCAAUCACUUUUUGAUUUUUUUAUUAAGUUUGCGUCUUCAUUUAUAUAUAACUAGGACUGAUCGUGCUUCUUUUGCUUUGCACUUCGCUAUUUAUUUUCUCAAGUUUCUUCUCGCCCCCUCUUUUCUUUCAGAUAAAGGAUGGGUUGAUAUUUAUCUUUGUUUUGUUUACUUACAUCAUCUGUAUUCCUUUCCAUUUGUUACAGUUCUAUCUCAUAUGAUGAAGUUUUUCCAUGGUGAUGUGACUUGACUGCACCCAGAAGCAGCAUCAUAUGCAUGAGGUACUAAUUUUUUCAUGGCAUGCAAUUUUCAUUUGCUUCCUUAUUUACAUUUGUUUUUGUUUUGUUGAAUGCAACUUGUUGAAUUUUGGAUUUUGGAGUUCUGAUAGAGUUCCUUGGGAAUGAUUCUUUUAUUGAAGCAUGAAGCUUAGAGAGUAACUGGACCUCGAAUAAUUCUGUGAAAUCUUCCAUUUCUGCUGCCAAUAUUAGGGUUAGUUCAUGUUAAGUAUGAUUCUUUGUUCUUUUGAGUUCUUAUUGAGUAUGAUUCUUCUGGUUCUUUUUGAUGGUGUUCUUCUGUUUACUUGUGCUAAUAAUUAACCCAGAUAGAUGCUCGACAUUCCUAAAAUUGCCGUUUAUAUCUGUUGGGAGCUGACUGCUGAGUAUUUUUAACAACUUUAAAAAGAUUUUAGUAGUGAAGAUUGAUUCCACUAUGGUACAUGAUCCUGGCACAUGAUCCAACUGAGAGAAGACCCGAUUCUCGUAGUUUUUUGUUGUGAAGAUUGAUUCCACCAUGGUUUUGCAUUAGUUAGUGAUUAUAGAAUCACAAGGGAUAGUUCAAACAAGGGGCAAACCAGGGGCUUUAAACAGUAGUAUUAAUCUCAUUGAUUUUUUUUUUUAAAUUGUACUAAUUUAAGUGACAAUAGGAUUCAGUGAUUUUGGCGUCUUUUUCCAUAUAAUUACAUGUGAUUUGAUACUGUCUUGGAAGUGUUUGUAAUGGCUCUUUCAUGUAUUGCUGGUGAAAGCUCAGACUUGUACAUAUUUGAUAGAUCAUCCCUUUUUCCCAUUUCUAAGGGGAACUACAGUAAUGCUUUAAAUUGACACACGUCUCGACUCUUUAAUGAUAACCCCACUUAGAGGUGUAAUAUCGGGUUUAUUUUCACAGGAAAAACGCUAGAAUUCUCAUGUUUAUAUCAAUGUUCUUUCGUCCCUUGAAUUUGCUACAUUGUGGUUAAAAAUCUCACGAAAAAAUCGGCAAAUGAAUAGGGACUGAGGAGUAAUGUCGAAUUGGCUUUAUUGCCGGUUUUUGAGAUGGAUAUUGUCAUCCCUCCUAUUGUUGUCCUAUAUUGUUGUCCUAAUAGGUCCAAAACAAUGCAGAAGGAGCAAAGUAUUUGGAAGGAUAGACAUCAUAGGAAUGCAAAAUAGAUGGCUAAAUUAGUUGUGUGGCCUGGGCUAUCUGUGAAAGAUGUGGUUUGAUUGAUCAUUAUCCUUUUAUCUUUUACUUGCCUUUCUCAGCCCCAAAAAAUAUCAUGAUUUGAUUUCCUAUUGAAAUUAUGGCUUUUUUAUCUUUCAUGUAACAACUGCCUUGAUGUGUAUGGCUAUAUUUGCUAAUACAAUAUCUACUUCCUUCACUCGUGUUUAAUAAUUGUAAUUAGAGCUGUUCAUUCGGGGCAUCAUGUUAAUUUCAGGUUAGGUAUUUCAGGUCGGUUUAAAAUCGCGUUUUAUGUUCACAUUGAAUAUUACAUCAUUUUAAAUUUAUCUUAAAGUCAGGUCAAAUCAAAUUCGUUUUAAGAUCG